AUGUGGUGUCCCCGCCGGGGGGCCCCCAGCCCAAGCGCUGCUCAGCGCCGAGGCAGGUUUCACCCCUCGUCCCGCAGCGGGAUCUCGCCCACCUCCGGGGGGGAAUCGGUUCUCCGGGACCUUCCCGGCUCUUCGUCCGCUGGAGACGCUGAUGGGGGCCGCACGGUCCCGCUGCGGGGGAACCCGGUGUCGCGUUCCCGGAGAGCGAAGCGGAGCAGCCGGGACCCUCCAGCCUGUCGCUCUGCUCCCACCCCGCGCACCCCCGGCCCUCGGCGGGGUUCGGCUGUUUAUUGGGAAGAGAAACAACGGCAGCCCAGAAGAGGUUUCCAGUUUGUACGUGUCCUCGCACAUACGGCUCGUUUAAGGGCUUUUCUCCGGGACCUUGUGCCGCUCCGGGGGAGGCCGGCGGCGGGAGCCCUGCCGCUCGCGUUGCGCCGGGUGCUGCGUCUCUCCCCCCUGCCUCGGGAGUUCACUUGUGUUUCUCUUUCCCUCCCCGCCUGCCCCACGCGACUCCUGCGACCGGCUCAGGCAGCGAUCGCCAAAGUCCUGCACAACGAGGACAGGCACAGGAUAAAGGCUUCGCCGUUCGUGGGGCUGGUGGUGGACGAGACGGUGGAUGUCCUGGAGCACCGCAGCCUCGCCAUGUUCACCACCACCGUCUCGCCCUGCAACGGGCAAACCUCCGCCACCUUCCUGGGGAGCUUCGAGCUGCCCGCCGGCGAGGCCUCCACGGUGGCGGGCAAGGUGGGCGAGGUGAUGCGCUCCUUCGGCAUCCCCACCAUGAAGAUCACGUGGCUCAGCGCCGACAGCGCCUCGCUGGUGGCCGAGCGGCUGAGCGGGGUGGGGACGGCGCUGUCGUCCCUCUGCCCGCUCCUCACGGAGAUGCACUGCCUGUCCCACGGGAGCUCCCUGCUGCCGGCCGAGGGCAUCGUCAGCAUCGAGUACCUCCAGAAAUACGAGACCACCGUGGACGCCGUGUACCGGCUCUACUCCAGCUUCAGGGGGGAAAGCAACGGCCUGGAGGAGCUGCGGAGUGUCCUGGACCUCUGUGAGAUAGACCUGGGGAGCCCCAGAGCCAUCCGCUGGACUUCCAUUUUCCCAGCUGUGGAAGCCAUCGAUUCCUCGUGGCCCACGCUGGUGCUGCUGCUGGAGAGCGAGGCGGAGCGGUCGCCCGUGGCCCACGGCCUCUGCGAAGAGCUCAAGAAGUUCCAGUUUGUGGCCUUCACCAAGAUCCUCCUGGACGUCCUCCCAAUCUUCCAGAAACUCAGCCGCUUCUUCCAGAUCGAGGACUUCGACCUCUCCAUCCUGAAGCCCAUCGUCUCCACCACGGCCACCACCCUGCAGGCCCAGAAGAGUGCCAGCGGCCAGAACCUCCAGGAGUUCCUCAACGAGAUGAACGAGCACCCGCGGGACGACCGGGAGGGCGAGAGCCGCCUCUACUACAAGGGCGUUGAGCUGGCCAACUGCUCCAAGGUGCACCUGAAGCACUUCGAGCGCCUGAAGGAGAGUUACCUGGAGAGCGUGCGGGGCAACCUGCUGGACAGGUUCCCCAGCAGCGUCCUGGAGGCCAUCAGCUCCUUCUCGGCCAUUUUCAACCCCAAGUGCUACCCUCAAUCUUUGGAGGACAUCGGCAGCUACGGGGUGAGUGAGCUGAAUUUCCUCCUGCAGGCUUACUCCCGGGUGGUGGUGAGCGAGAGGGCCCUGAGCGAUUUCCCCCUCUUCAAGCGGAUCGUCUUCAGCCUCAGCCAGCUCUCCUUCAAGGACCUCUGCGUCAAGCUGGUCUACAGCAACUCCGAGAUGCACGAGCUCUUCCCGGACUUCGCCGUCCUCGCGGCCAUCGCCCUGGCCUUGCCACUGGGCUCGGUCCUUGCCGAGAAGAUCAGCCGGGGCCGGGAGCUGCUGAAGCGCGGCCGGUCGCACCGCGCGAAGGACGAGGGGCUCUCCGACCUCAUGAAGAUCGCCAUCGAUGGGCCGGCCAUCAACGAGUUUGACUUUGCGUUGGCCAUUGAGUACUACGAGAGCAUGAAGGAGUCCGGCUUCAUCGUGGCGCAGGUGAAGUGAGCGGCAGCGGCGCAGGCAGAGCCCUGCGGGCAGGGACGCGGGUCCUGCGGGCAGCCCCGACCUUUCCCCAUCACCGGUCACUGCCGGGGCCACGUGGCCACCGGUGGCUGGUGACCUGCUCCGU